AUGUCGAUGCACAUGUGGAUGUGGUUCGGGUACGAGCUCGGAGAGUUCCUGUUCCCAGGACUAGAGAUCACUUCGAGGUGGGCCUUCGCGCUAACCUGGAUAGCGCUGUUCUUUGUGGCCUUGCUGUUCGAGGGAUCCAAGGUGUACCUGGCAAAAGUGCAGCGCGCGGCGAUAAAAAGGCUCUACCCCUACAGGUCAGACGAGAGGAGAAAUCUGUUAUGUGAAAGGGAGGCAGGCGGCAUCAUGGAACCAACGACAAGUCGGAACGCUAAUAAUGGUCCUGCCACCCGGUGGGCUUCACUCAGGGUUCGUGCGCUGGUUAACACCCAUCAAUCGUUUGUGUUCCUAAUACACAACGUGGUCGGUUACCUGCUGAUGCUGGCUGUCAUGGUGUACAACGUUCAUUUGCUGCUCGCCGUCGUGUUUGGCAUGAUGCUGGGUUACUUCCUUUUCGGUACAAAGUUGACGCGACUUCAGAUGCAGUGCUUCAGCACAAAGAGAGUGGUCAUCUGCACGCCUGAAUGUGAUGAUACUGCUGAGAAUACAACGCCGCCUCUCCUUGACUCCUCCAUGAGUUCAGAGUCGGAUUUUUUCAUAUGUCAAACACGUACCUGCAUCCAGCCAUCGCACUAUUUUCCAGCCACAUCGCAAGAUGGCGGCUCUAAUGAACAAAAUGCUACUUGCUACUAUGGCGCUAAGAAGUGUCCAUCCAAAGUCGCUAGAAUUAAGAAAAUGCAAGCUUCUACUUCGCACUGCCACCGUGAGAGUGAGAAAGAGGACAGUCCAAGCGUCGAGGACGUCCAACUCCUCCGAACAGAACGGCAAGGGUGUUGUAAGAAGAAGCAAGAACCGCCACCCGAAGAGAAAUGUUGUAAGAAGAAGAUUGAGACCACAGUUGUAAUCCAUGAAGCGACUCCUAGUCAGGGUUGUUGCAAGGAGGAAGAGCAGAAGCGGCUGGAGACGAGGGAGCGGAGCCCUCAAAUAACUUGCUGUCACAACACCAAGACUCCCAGUGACUCUCAGGAGCAGAUCAUCAACUGA